CCGGAGCUGGAGGGCGUCAAAGAGGACCAGGGCUGCUGGGAAGCAGACGGGUGCACGGGACUCGACGGCCGAGGGCGGCCGAGUUGCGGCAGGGGAGGAUAUGCUUGAUGGCCUCUGUCUGCUUCCUUACUGUCGAGAACUGCUGCUCGACAGUAUUACCAAACAGCCCCCCCUUGCGAGAUGGGUGCGUCGAGAAAGCGAACCUUCUUGGCGUUACUGAUCUGUGCAAGGUUCGGCCAGAGGUGUCUCUCAUGGACCACAAGUGUGGACAUCGCCCGACCCAGGGCCCACGCGGUCACCUUGGUCGCUUGUAGAGCGAGGUCGGUGGCGGCGCAGAGUUCCUGCAUAAGCGCUGGGUCGGUCUUACCCUCGUGGAGCUCUCUCAACACCUUGGCCUGGCAGGAUGGCCAUAGCGGGGAGAGGAGGCAGCUUAGCCCGCAGCAAUGCAAGCUCUCGACACCAGAGAUGGCGAUAACCUACAUGCUUUGGGCGGGAGUCUAGGUCGAGUCCCCCAGGUGGCCGCCGCCUGUUGGCACAAGUGCACCACGGCGGCACACUCCACCUGGGGGACAUCGACGUAUCCUCUAGCUGCCUCACCCUCGAGGGAAGAGAGGGUGACAGAACUUUGACGUGGACGUGCCGAAAGGGGGCGUCCCAGGUCUCACUAAGUUCCUCAUGCACUUCCGGUAAACACGGCACUGGGGGCGGGCUUGGAGCCGCGCUCAAACCCGAGGCACCAUGUAUCCAGCCGCGAGCGCCGGGAGAGGCAGUGCGGGCACUGCAACCCAACGCUCACGGCGGUCUGGGAAAGCAUGGCUGACAUUUCGACGUCUGCUUCUUCCUGGGCUCGACCCCCCGAGGGAUGGAGCUCCGAGGAAUCGUCGGAGUCGGAUGGCAGUACGUCACCCCCCGAUGCUGCAAGGGACAUCAUCAUCAUGCAUCGUUUCCGAAUACGUGGUUGAGGAACAAGACAGUGGGACCGUCUCCUGGGGAACGGUCAGACGAGUGAAACGAGGUGCGAACGGCCCGUGAGCCAGUGGCUGGCAGAUUAACGCUCACAGUAGUCCUCAUAUCACCCUCGCUGCUUGCCGGAGCAGACGGCAGGGCCGUAGCCACUGCCGUCACAGAAUGGGGAGCGGACGAGGUGGUGGCUGAGUCCCGUGGGAACACAGCCACCCGUGAACGCAACGUCUGAAUCGUCAACCGCCCGCAGUGUGGGCAGGACGUAUCCACAACGUCUGCCCCAGCGUGCUGGAAGCAGACAUUGUGUCCGUCCCCCUCCUCGAUGAGUGUGUUGCACCCAUGAGAACAGCGGGACAUGCCACGCUGGAGAAAUUUGCUCUUUUAGAAGAAAAAAAGGAAAUGCCUCGAAUACCUCUGGAACUGCCGAGACGCCCAGGGGAGAGUCGCUGCAGGAAGGGACUGUCCACUGCACCACGUCAUAGAUUCCAGCAGGAAGAUAGAUCCGUGAAGAUCGCUUAGAGAAGAUCAUCAGAUGCACAGGCUCUGAAGACCAAAAGGUGGUGAACACGAUCCAAAAUGCUGACAAUGCUGAAAGUUUACAGGACAUGGAAACAUCAUGUAAUGAAAGAGCACAACCCUCUGCACCACUGGACACUGCAAAAGUUAAAAUCAAAGUGGACUGGAAAGACCAACGUCCAGAAAGAUGGUUAAAUUGCUAUCAAAUAGCCCUUCAACGCUGGUGUAACUCUGAUUUGUCCAAAAACAUUGGAAAAUGUGAAGUCCACAGUGUUUCUCUCAUGGCCGAUGACCCACUCUGUGCAGAGGUGCAGAUAAUACCAUCAAAAGCUCUUGGAUUUUUUAAAAAGAACCCAACUGCAACAUUGAAGUUCAAGGAUUAUAAUCUAAGUGUGACUGCAACGAUUCUACUGGAUGAAACUAUGCUGGAUAAGAAAGAUCCAUCACCAAAGGCGAACACCACUUUGACUUCUGGGGUAGCAAACACUGGUAUGGAUGUUUCUGAAGUGAAUAGUGUUUCAAAUGGCACUGACACCAUGAAAACUACUGAAAUGACCACAGAGACAAACUCAGCUGCAUGUACCGUCCCCCUCUAUCUGUACUGGUACAUACAUCAUGCUUACAAAAAUGAGUUGGAGCAAAUUAAUAAACGGCAUGGAGUCAACAUUUCUUCAAAUGUGUCAAUCUCAUUUGAAACUACCCCAAGCACAAACCCUGAUUCGGUGUCCAAAGCCUCAGAAGAGCUUCAGAAGCUUGUUCAGAGAUGUGGGGCUAAUUUUACUGAUGUCACUAUUCCCUUUACUCAAAAAGACUCAGAUAUUGUCAAGGAAACCAUGCGUAACAGCCAAUUAGAAAAGACAAAGGUGACGAUGAGCUUUUCUGCCAGUAAUGUCCAGGUCUUUGGACCAAAAAGGAUUACAGACAUGAUAAACCGAAAGGUAAAUGGAACAAGACCAGAAGGCCAAUCAAUAGGCAAUGCAAAUGAAAUGGGUGAAGUUAAGAAUGUUUACCAACAAAUGACGUCUUCCUUGGACAUGGACAUGAAGGAUCUUCAAAAUCAAAUUGAGAUGGAUAAGAUUCAUUGGUUUCUGAUUAACGUUUCUUAUGAAGAACAGUUAUUUAACCUUCAAAGUAAGUUUGGAGUGUCAUUUCACGGCGAAGAACUGAAGAACAAUUUAACUGUUAAGGUGAGAGCUCAGUCCAAAGGAGGUCAACAUACUGAUCUUGAAAAUCAUGCCAUGAGAGCUUUAAUACAACUCUAUCAGAAACUUGCCUUGGCUACUGUGAGCUGUGAACUUAAAGAUCCCAAAGAUACGGAUAUUGUGGCAAAGAUUAAGGGGAUACUUGGCAAACAGCAAUAUCGUGUUGCUGCAGUGGAUGUUUAUGGUCCCUGGAGGCUUGUUGGACUGCCAGAGAACCUUGGCCCAACAAUGAAAGAUAUUGAGAAGGAAAUUGGAAAGAGUGUGUUUGAUAAAGAAACAAAGAAAUUGAUUGGUUACUCAGAGGACAUCCCUCAAGGAAGAGGGAUCACAUGGGAAUACACAACAACCUAUGGACAAGGAGCAGCAGGUGGCCCUCUACAAGAUGAGACAGGUCCUGGUUUCAGUGGAGAGUCACAAGAAAAAGGAAACAAAAAGUCUAGACAUGACAGUAAAGGUGCACAGGAUGAAGAGGACAAGUGUGUUAUUUGCAUGGACAACUUUAACAACAAGGAAAAACUGAAAUGUGGGCAUGAAUUCUGUAAGGACUGUAUAGAGCAAGCAGUAAAACACAGUGGAUGCAUCUGUCCUAUCUGUAAGAUGGUUUUUGGGAAGGUAGAGGGAAGCCAGCCUGAUGGAACAAUGCAUGUUUCAAAAAACAGAUCAAGUCUUCCUGGUUUUCCCAAAACUGGCACAAUUGAAAUAUAUUACAGAAUGCCAGAUGGUACUCAAACGAAAAAGCAUCCAAAUCCUGGACAGCUUUAUCAUGGGACAAGUCGCACUGCUUACCUGCCUGAUAACCAGGAAGGAAAUCAUGUACUCAAACUCCUGCAGAGGGCUUUUGACCAGAAACUGAUUUUUACUGUUGGAACAUCUACAACCUCUGGUUUAACAAAUGCUGUAACAUGGAAUGACAUUCAUCAUAAGACAAAUAAAUCUGGUGGACCUGAAAACUAUGGUUACCCAGAUCCGGACUACCUGAAGAGAGUGAAAGAUGAAUUGAAAGCCAAAGGCAUUGAAUGAAUAAUGACACAUGCUGCAUUUGUGUUUGUAAAUGAACAAGGCACAUUACACACUGUAUAGUCAAUUGGUCAUUAUUGCAAAAUGAACAUCAUCGAUAUGCUCAAGAUCAUAUAUUAUCUCUAAUCACAUGAUCAACAUUUAGUACCAUUACACAAAAAUAUUUGAGACAUAAUUCUUUGCUGCUUUGAAUGUCAUAAAUGUCUAAAUAUAGUUAUUUUGGUUUUGGUUUGGUGUUUUCAGAUCUGUCUUAAAGUUUGAUAUGCAUAUAACAGUCUUUACAUCAAAUCGUUCUAUGUCAGUUUUUCUUCUCUAAAUUAGCAUGAUGUUGAAAAUAUGAAUAUAAAUAUGACUAGUAGCUACUAGAAGUAAAUAAAAAUAGAAAUGUAUGACAUGCUUUAACAUGAGGAUGACAAGAGUAAUGGACAUGGACAUCCGCUACUUUCAUGCUAUCCUUAAAAUAAAAAUGUUUUUUUAUGUACAUAAUGAGU